UUAAACAGAGGGCGCCCUUGGGUCUGCAUAUAUUCUACACAUUUUCAGCUAAAUAGCAGCUCUCUCUCAAUCCCCGCGUUAAUAAUUGAACUGUAUAUCAACCGCUUCCAUUCUUUUCUCUCCCUGCUUCUUCUCCCUCUCACACAUUUCACACUAGCACCUUUCAACAGAGAGAACAACAAGGAGAUAACAAAGGGAAAAAUCAAGAUCCAAAAAACAAUGGGGUCUCUUCCACCACCAUAUUUAGACUUGUCUUCAAAGCACCAAGAUUCAAUUGACCCAGAUAGGCUUCUUCAUCUCUUUAAAGCCCAGCAGAAUUACCUCAACCAUUUCUUUCAAAAUCUUGAUCUUUCACAAACUCUUACUUUCACCCAAACACUCCUUAAUGCUAAAGGUACAAUUUACUUUACUGGUGUUGGGAAAUCUGGAUUUGUGGCUCAGAAAAUCUCACAGACGCUUGUUUCUUUGGGAAUUAAAUCUGGGUUUUUAUCCCCUGUUGAUGCGCUUCAUGGUGACAUUGGCAUUUUGGAUCCGGAAGAUGUGUUGGUUAUGUUUAGUAAAAGUGGGAAUACGGAGGAAUUGUUGAAGCUCGUGCCUUGUGCCAAGGCGAAAAGGGUGUUUUUGAUUUCGGUUACGUCGGUGAAGCCGAAUUGUUUGAUGGGUGUUUGUGAUUUGAAUGUGCAUUUGCCUUUGGAGAGGGAAUUGUGUCCGUUUGAUUUGGCGCCUGUUACGUCUACUGCUAUUCAGAUGGUGUUUGGAGAUACGGUGGCGAUUGCGUUGAUGGGGGCUAGGAAUUUGAGCAGGGAAGAGUAUGCUGCUAAUCACCCUGCUGGGAGGAUCGGGAAAAGCUUGAUCUUCAAGGUAAGAGAUGUGAUGAAGAAGAAAGAAGAUCUUCCAAUUUGCAAGGAAGGAGAUCUUAUUAUGGAUCAACUAGUAGAGCUGACAAGCAAAGGAUGUGGGUGCCUCCUUGUUAUUGAUGAGGAGUUUCAUCUGCUUGGCACAUUCACUGAUGGUGAUUUACGUCGGACAUUGAAAGCCAGCGGGGAAGGAAUCUUCAAGCUUACAGUUGGAGAAAUGUGUAACAGGAAGCCAAGGACGAUUGGUCCAGAUGCUAUGGCAGCUGAUGCAAUGCAGAAGAUGGAAUCUCCGCCAUCUCCAGUCCAGUUCUUGCCAGUUAUUGAUCAAGAUAAUGUCUUGAUUGGUAUUGUUACGUUGCACGGACUGGUGUCAGCAGGCUUGUGAAGUUCUUGCCAUUAUAAUUUAUUCUUUAUGUAUAUUGUUGGGUUUCCGACCCCAUUUCCUUCAGCUGAUGUUAUUUUACUCCUGUAGAAAUGAUGAAUAUUAGUAGUGUAAUAUAUUAUAGUCGCCUUAUUGGACUACUUAUAGAUUGGGCUACAGUUUUGUGCCUGUUACAACGAGGGAGCACGUGACAGCGAUGAUCCUAUGUUCGUCAGAUCUAUGCAAAAUCCAGUGAAAUAUUAUGUAUGGUGUUAUUUUUUUUCUUCAAAAUAAUGCUUUCAAGGAGUCUUUUUGCCCCCAAAA